AUGGAUAUGUCUGAGCCCACUGAGCCCUACAAAUACACACCACUUGUGACCCCAACAUCAAUACGUCUCCUUCGCGUCGACUCAAAAUCAUUUUCACAUGGCUCAGACAUUCCCCGGAUAACCUGUAGUCUUAAAACGGUUGACCUAAUCGCCAACCCAUGGUACCAUGCUCUGUCAUAUACGUGGGGAAACCCACUUCCCGUGGAUAACGAAUACUUCCGUCCUAAAUAUGACGAUGCGCAAAUAUUCACCAAAUACGACUACGAGGAAGGUAAAUGUGUCAUCCACCUUGAUGGCAAGCUGCAAUACGUAAGCAGGAACUUAUUUGAUGCGUUGAGUACCGUGCCAUCAGAUGCGUGGGCUAGAAAUUGCAAUCGCGGCAACACGAAGAAGCAGAAGGCUCAUGCCCCGCUACACUGGGUUGGGAUUUCGGGUGAUGAGGAUUAUCUUCUGUCAGUUUUGGCGGGCGGAGAGAGUGUUGAUGUUAACCUUUUGGAUGGCUUGGGGAGAUCUGGGUUAAGUUGUGCAGCGGAGUAUGGGAGGAUGGGGGUUGUUGAGAUUCUGAUGAAGGCAGGGGCUGAUGCGAUGAUUGUGGAUGGGGAAGGGAAAAUAGCGGUGGAUUAUGCAAGGGGAGAAUGGGCAUGGUGA